AUGGAGCUGCCGCCGCUCAAGCUCAACGUCGCCCGAGGCGAGGAGGACAGGAUCAGCGCACUUCCCGACGAGCUCCUCCUCCGGAUCCUCGAGCGGCUCGGCCUGCGCCGGGCGGUCCGCGCCGGCACGGUCUCCAAGCGGUGGCGGCACCUCCCUCACCAGCUCUCGUUCGUGACACUCGACGUCCGCUGCUUCCGCCGCGCCACGCUGGGUGAAACCAUGGACGCCUUCACGGCCGCUUUGACGUCCGUCUGUGCUCAGCGCAACUGCGAGUGCCAGCGCGGCCGUGUCAUGGCCAUGAAGGCCAUCUGCCUCCGCUUCUUCCUGUCGGCCUCUCAUCUGAGCUCCAUCGGCAGCGCCGUCGAGGAUGUCGUCAGCCAUGGCAAGACCAGACGCCUCGCCUUCCAAGUAUCCCCGCCCCCCGGGGUGAACUCCUUCCCGCAGAUCCCCGAGAUGGGGCAGCAAUUCAUGUCCUUCUCCCGCGCCCACCAGCCGGCCUUCCAGUGCCUCACCAGGCUACGCCUCAAGAGCCUUGCGUUCGGGGACUCUGACGUCGCCGCCCUCAUCGCUGCCUCCGAUAAGCUCGAGCAUCUCAACAUGAACUCCUGCGGACUGGUCGAUCAGCGCCACGUGCUAAAGAUUGACACACCGUGUUCUGUGAUCCAGGAGCUCGAGUUUAAGCGCUUUCAUUGCAAGCGCAUCCACCUCAUCUCCGUCCCCAGGCUCAGGACGGUGCUGUGCCAUUCUUGGCGCUCCAACAACCCUCCGAUGCGCUUUGGCUACGUUCCACAGCUUCGUCAAGUCAACCUCGCCUGUAAGGCCAAGGCGUGGCAGGUGCCAUUCCUGCUCAGCCGGUGCUUCUCAAGGAGGAGUGCAAAUAACCUGUUGAAAUUGCAUCUCAAUUUUCGCCACCAAAUGAUAUGGAUUCGGCCGGAACAUCCCAAGCAUCUCACUGCCAUAUUCAGAAAUCUGGCCGAAGUGUCUUUUUCUGGUAUCUUCCCUGAGUGUGAUCUGAGCUGGACCCUAUUUAUCCUCCAAGUUGCACCUGCCCUGCACAAGUUUACAUUAUCUCGAGAGCGGCAUGCAUGUGACAUACCGUCUGAGGACAGUGCCGAGAAGACCAACGUGGUGUGGGAACCAUCCAAGGAUUUGAAGCACCUAAAGUUGAAGUUGCUCCGGAUGUACGGUUUUGAGGAUGAAGACAAGGUGACAAACUACAUAAGGCUAGUCAUGGAGCGAGCUGUGGGGCUGAAGAGAAUCGAGUUGCGUGGUGAAGUCCCAUGCGAGAAAUGCGAUGCCAUUUACCCAAGGAGAUCCCAGGUGGAUAAAGGUCGCAGGCGUCGGAUCAAGGAGCGACUCACACAUGAAUCCUCCUCGAACAUGGGGAUGAUAAUGCUCGUAGCAGCUAUGCCCGCGCGAUAG